UCCAAGAAUCCCCCUUCUGGAGAUUAUGAGGCUGCGGAGUUUGGGGAGUAAUGGGGGGAGGGCGCUGUGCGGCUGGACCCUCCUCUGCCAGCUUUUUGCAUCUCAUGCUGGAUUUUCGACCCAACCCCUGCUCAGAUCCUCCAUCACCUUCUUAAAUCCUCCCGACCUGCUGACCGCCGGACAGUUCCUGCAGGUUCACUACAACUGUGAAGGAAUUCAGGUGGUGAACAUAGAGGUCUUAGCGUCGUCUUCCACAAGGUCCUUGGUGCCCAUUUUUAAGAAGAGUUGGGUUUGCAGGCCGGGCUCUGCGGGGGAGGAACGGCUGAUAAGGCUUGACCUGCCAGAUCGGGUGGUCUACAGAGAGGACUAUUUCAUGCGACACCCAAUAAAUGUCAUUGAUGCUCUCCUGAGAGGGUGGAUCUCAGAGUAUCCCAGUGAUACCAGCUCAGCCGACUGGGACUCAUACAGAGAGGCGGCUGUGAGAACUUUCCACUUCCUGCGUCCUGUGCCCCUCUACAGCCGUCCGCAGAAGGACCACUGGAGGACUCUACGUUGGGAUCAAGAGCUGAUAUGGAGGCUGAGAAAAGACGAGAUCCCUCAGUGUAAGGCUGAGCAAGAAGUUGCCCCUCUCCUGAGCUUCCUUUAUGCCUGCACCGGUGAGAGCUUUGGCGUGAUACGGUCACUUGAUCCAUACGCAGACCAUCUGUUGGAAAGACAAAGGCAGAGAUCCGUCUUCUCACCUCGAUGUACCUUUUCCACGUGGCUGUACCUCGUGGACUGGUGUCCUGUGAGGUUUUGUGGUGUCCUCUACCACUUGGACCACAAUAAUGAAUACAUUUCCCCUUCUGUGUUAUUAACCGAUAAAGGGUAUUUGCACGUUCAGGUGAACCUGGUAUCGGGUGACGCUCACGCAUUCCUGAGUCCGGCUCCGGUUCCGCUGCACGUUUGGUGUCAGGUCCAGCUGGUGCUCGACGGUCACACGGGAAACCUCACCGUGGUAUGUGGCGACGCCGUCAGCAAGAUGCUUCACAGGUUCCCCGAGCACGUGUUACUCGAUGACACUCGCGGCGUGUUCAUUCUGGGAGGAUCUCAGUAUGUCCUUGGGAUGAGUGGAUUCUUCGGACCAACUGUUUACCACAGGGAUAGAAUUACACCUGUCUUCAAGGGUCGUCCACCCAAGUUGAUGGAAGACUUAGAGUUCUCCCAGUGGCACCUCACGUGCCAAUCUUUCCAAAAGGAGUGCGUGGCGAGAUAUCGGAGGCAUCGCUCACUAACAGCCCCUGAACUAACCGCAGACAGCUGCAGCGAUGUUUAUCGUGAAUAUGCGGCUCGUUACCACGCGGUAUCUUCAGGCCCCCAGUGCACGAAAUCGGAGGAGCCUCCCCGGCCCCGGAGAGCCGCCGUCGCCCGGCUCCUGAGGAAGAGGGGGGAGCAGAAGGGUCCGGCGUCCUUGGACACUGGGGGUCUCGGGAAGUCUCUGUACACAUUAUACAUGAAGAAAGUCCUCUCCCCCGAGGGUCUCUCGCGUAUACGAGGCUCCAUGCCCAUGCUGUUACAGGCGGGGUGUUUGGGAUAUCACCCCGCUCUCUACCUGGCCUCCGUGCUGCAUGAGACCGGCUUCGGCGUCAGGAGAGACCAGGCCAAGGCUCUGAAAUUAAAGCUCAUCGCAGCUCAGAAGGAUGAACGCCUCUCCCUGAUGUCUCUGGGGCACAAGCACCACAAGGGAGCGGACAACUACCCGGUGGAUUACGACCUCUCCUACGCCUAUUAUUCCAACGUGGCUCGGCAGACAAUGGCCGACCGAGUCCAACCGGACAAGAACCAGGCCUUCGUGGAGUAUAUACGCCUCACUGACGAGGACCUCCUGAAGCACCAGACCAAGGAGGACGACGACCUGUUCAUGUGGUUAAAGUUCCAAGCCAAACAAGGCGUGGCGUCAGCCCAGCAAGCGGUGGGCCGGAUGCUGUUCUGGGGGCAGCAGGGGAUCUCCUCCAACCUCGAGGCCGCGGUCAAAUUCUACGAGCGGGGGGCUUUGCAGCAGAAAGACCCGGUCCUCAUGUACGAUUAUGGAGUGGUGUUACUGAGGGGACAAGGAGUACGGCAGAAUAUACCAAAAGCCCUGGAGUUUCUAAUGAAAGCGGCGGACCUGGAUUUCGUUCCGGCGAUUAACAGUCUGGGCUGGUAUUACGAGCAGUACGUCAAGGACUACAAGAAGGCUGUUGAGUAUUGGGAGAGAGCAGACCAGCUCGGAAACCCCGAAGCCCCCUUUAAUCUUGGGAUCCUGCACUAUCACGGACUCUAUCCAGGAAAAGCCAAAAAUAACACUGCCGCCUACAUGUAUUAUUUCAAGUCAGCGACUCGCGGACACAUUGACGCUGCGGUCCACCUGUGCGCUUUCUGGAUGUACGGGAUCCCGGGGGUGGUAAUAAGACAGCCCCACGAUGCCGUGGUGUGGACAAAAUGGGUUUCGGAGCAGAACGGGUAUUUGGGAGCAGUGGUGCGAAGAGCCCUGGAUGCGUACCUGGAGCAGUCCUGGCCAAGCGCUCUCCUCCAUUAUAUCCAGGCAGCGGAGGCUGGGUUUGAGAUCGCUCAGUUCAAUGCAGCUUAUGUAUGUGAGCAAGACCCGGUUGGGCUAGUGAGCCGACACGUCCAGACUGACUGCGCGUGGAAAUAUUACAACCUCUCAACCCACAGCGAGCGGCCGCCAUCCUAUGCUCAGAUUAAGAUGGGGGAUCUGUUCUAUGCUCCUCGUGGCCGGAAGAGACGAGACGUGGCAGCCGCAGUCAGGAUGUAUAAGGAAGCUGCGCUGCAGGAAGACCCACAGGGUCUCUACAGUCUGGGCCUCCUGGUGGAGGAAGGAGUCUCUCUGCCUCUCUCCACCCUCCAUGACCUCGGCUUCAACAGCUCCGUCAGUAACUACACGCUUGUGAUUGAGCUUUACAGAAGAUGCAGAGACCACGAGGAGGAGGAUUCGUAUGUGCCCUGCAGCCUGGCUCUGCUCAGCACCCACCUGCAGUAUGUCUGGACCUUCCACGGCUUCCUGCUCAAGUGCUCCAGCGCCGCCGCCAUCGUCAUUGUUUCCGCUCUCAGUCUGAUGACAAUAUUGGGGAGGUUACAGAGCGGGGCCCUGAACCUGUAUCAGUCUGUAUGAUGAUCGGACCUGGGGACAUGGCGCCGCCGCACGGCAGAGGGAAGAUCUCCGCAAAGCGUUAAAACUGCGUCAGCGCCGAAGUGUGUUUACUGAGCCAGACCUCCAAUAAUGCCACCGGGCAGCGCAGGAAGGGGGUGUGGCUAUGGAGUGACCACGCCCACCUUAUGUGCUAAAGUGCCUUUACUGUGACCCCUUCCUUUAUGUUGAUGGGGGAUGGGGUUUUUAUACCAAAAUGUACCCCCCGAGUAUCAGAAACUGCCCGACCUCAUGGAAGCCGUGACCCUUUGCUGAGUUUCAGGGGCAAAUUACUUUCCUCGCUGCUUUAAGUCUGUCAUAGCAGCAAUCUGUCUUAAUAGUCUCUACCCAGAAUCCUUUUUUCUUCUGUGGUUUAACCCUUAAGAGCUGGUGAUCAGUUCUGGGGAUGUUGAGU